CAGAAUCCGAAGGGCUGCCCAUUGUACUGCCGCUCAGUGUAGAUAUCAAAGAACGAAACCUAUAAAUGGAUCGGACCUCCAAGCGCAGGCAGGUGAAGCCCCUGGCUGCCUCUCUUUUAGAUGCUCUGGAUUAUGACAGCUCAGACGACAGUGAUUUUGAAGUGGGAGAUGCUGAAGGCUCAGGGUCGGAAGGCACAGGAAAUGGCAGUGAUGAAGAGGGUUCUAAAGACAGCGCUGCAGGCACAGACAGCGACUCGGAUGCCGCCGUCUCUGCAGACGAGGAGGGUGUUGAUGAGGAGGAGGCCAAAGACCUGAAUGAAGAUACUCAGGAAGAGGAGAAGGCCAAGGAGCAGCCAUCCUCAGAGGAGACCAGCAGUAAAGAAACGGGAGGAACGUCUAGAAGCCGCAAGAAAAGUGAAAAAACCCCGGACACAGAACCCAACGGCAGCGGCACGACCGAAGAAAGCCCUGCAGAGCCCAAGAAGUGGAACCUUCGGCGGAACCGGCCUAUGCUGGACUUCACCACUAUGGAGCAGCUGAACGAGAUGGACGAUUAUGACAGCGAGGAUGACAAUGACUGGAGGCCUUCGGCAGGGAAGAAGAAAAGCAAGACUGCUGGGAAGGAUAAAGGAGGAGGGAGCGAGGGAGAGGAAGAUGAGGGGAGUGAUGAAGAUGACAAUGAUGAUGAUGAUGAUGACGAUGACGACGAUGAUGAAAAUGAUGACGACAAUGAGAACAGCAGUAGUGACGGUGAGGAGGUGGUGAAGAAGUCGAAGAAAAAAGCAUCCAAAAGCACAGGAGCGUUUGAUGAGGAGGAGACCAACGACAGCCACAGCACAUCCCAUGGAAAGGGAAAUGAGGACUCUCUGCUGGAGCGAGCUCAGCCAUGGAGCGCUCAGAGGAUGGAGCAUAUCCUGAUCUGCUGCGUUUGUCUGGGAGACAACAGUGAGGACGCUGACGAGAUCAUCCAAUGUGACAACUGUGGUGUGACUGUGCAUGAAGGCUGCUAUGGAGUUGAUGGUGAGAGCGACUCAAUCAUGAGUUCGGCCUCGGAGAACUCCACUGAGCCGUGGUUCUGCGAUGCCUGCAAAAACGGGGUCACUCCCAGCUGUGAACUCUGCCCCAAUCAGGAUGGGAUCUUCAAAGAGACGGACGCUGGAAGGUGGGUGCAUGUUGUAUGUGCACUCUAUGUUCCAGGCGUAGCGUUCGGAGACAUCGACAAACUGCGGCCAGUAACACUCACAGAGAUGAACUACACUAAAUACGGUGCCAAGGAGUGCAGUCUAUGUGAAGACACCCGUUUUGCCCGGACGGGCGUGUGCAUCAGCUGCGAUGCGGGCAUGUGCCGCUCUUUUUUCCAUGUGACGUGCGCACAGCGGGAGGGGCUUCUGUCUGAGGCUGCUGCAGAAGAGGACAUUGCCGACCCGUUUUUUGCCUACUGCAAGCAGCAUGCUGACCGCUUUGACAGGAAGUGGAAGAGGAAGAACUACCUGGCCCUGCAGUCCUACUGCAAAGUGUCCCUGCAUGAGAGAGAGAAGCAGCUCACUCCAGAAGCCCAGGCAAGGAUCACCACGCGUUUGCAGCAGUACCGGGCAAAGGCGGAGCUUUCACGAAACACACGGCCACAGGCGUGGGUGCCGCGUGAGAAGUUGCCCCGCCCACUUACCUCCAGUGCCUCCGCCAUCCGGAAGCUGAUGCGCAAGGCAGAGCUCAUGGGCAUCAGCACAGAUAUCUUCCCUGUGGAUACGUCCGACACAAGCGCCAGCAUAGAUGGCCGCCGCAAACACAAGCAGCCUGCGCUCACUGCAGACUUCGUCAACUAUUACCUCGAGCGGAACAUGAGGAUGAUCCAGAUCCAGGACAACAUCUCCGAGCAGAAGAACCUGAAAGACAAGCUGGAGAGUGAGCAGGAGAAGCUGCACGUGGAGUACAACAAGCUGUGUGAGUCUCUGGAGGACCUGCAGAAUGUCAAUGGGCUGCUGAGGACGGAGGGCCAGGCCAUGUGGAGCAUGAUGGGGGGCAUCCUUGGACAGAAACUGAACGGGCCAGCCAUUUUAAAAGCCCCUAAAGAGAGAAAGCCGAGCAAGAAAGAAGGUGGGAGUCCUGGGAAGUCCUGCAGCCUCCCAGCAGUGCUGUACAGCUGUGGGAUCUGUAAGAAGAACCAGGACCAGCACCUGCUUUUACUGUGCGACACAUGCAAACUGCACUACCACCUGGGCUGCCUGGAUCCCCCCCUCACCCGCAUGCCCAAGAAGACCAAGAACAGUUACUGGCAAUGCUCUGAGUGCGACCAGGCCAGCAGUGACGAGGCAGACAUCGCCAUGGAGACGCUUCCAGAUGGCACCAAGAGGUCCAGGAGGCAGAUCAAGGGGCCAAUCAAAUUCAUCCCUCAAGACAUGUCGCCAGAGCCUAAAAAGCUUCAAGUGAGAGGCACGAGAACCCGAGGCCAAAAGAGGAAGAGAGUGUCUAUCUGUGAGGAAGAGAAGAUAGAGGAACCAGCACCGCGGGAGCGGAGACAGAGGCAGUCUGCGCUGCAGAAAAAGCCCAAAGCUGAUGACACCAGGACGGAAUGCACCACCUGCAAAGGCCCCGGCGACAACGAGAACCUAGUUAGGUUGUGAGAGCCGGGCACCCACCUCCCCACCCCUCCCCUAAAAACGGCACAGAUGAGAGAGGGACAGAGAGAGGGAGAGAGACAGAGAGAGGCAGAUUAAGUCGUUUGAAGAGCGGCGUUGGGGUCGGGCAGGAGUCGCAGAAUCAGCCACCUCUGACCGUCACCUUCGACCGUCUUCUGCUCAAAGCGGACCGCGCCAUGGACUUUUUAGCAUGGUUUUGCGAUGGUCCACUCAAAGAAAAGACUAUCAGAUACGGACUAACUUAACGACAAAAAGUAAACACUUUCCCAAAGUAGCACUCUUGUGGAUCUAAAUGCUUGCGUUUGAAUUGAGGGGAAGAUUAUGCUGCACUGGACUCUAUAAAAGGACUGUGGGCGGAUCUUGAGGACACUUAGGUAGCCGUUAUGGAUGGAGAGAGUCACCUUUAAAUUGGCACAUGCGUAUGGGACGGUAACUCUGAUGCUGGACGUGUAGCUGCUUGUUGCUACGGACUCCUAAACUGACUGACUUUCAUAAACUGGAGACUUUCCACCUUUUUUGCCCCAAAACGCCACUCUCUGCUCUGCAGCUCACUGUCCUGCUUUGUCCUGCUUGGCUGGCCUGCAUGCCCGCCAGGUCACUUUGGAAUGGUGCUCUCGAUCCCAGGCAGUCACUCCGGCCCCCUGACCCUCUCCCUGUCUUUUUCUGAUGGGCCCUGCUUGGUCCUGCAGUGCCACUCACCUCCCUGCAAUUCCCUCUAACUGCUAAUCACAAGACCCAAUCAGCUUUAUUGACCAAUGAAGUGAUUUUUGGCCUGAAUGCUGAGUGUGUCCCCUGUGUAAACGCAUUAUGAAUGCUCUUGAACUGGACCCUCCUGUCCUUUGCUUGUGCAGUGUGAAAUUAGUCGUAGUAGAAAGUAGGUAAAGAUCAAAAAACAAGAAUCCGUAAAUCCUCCAUGUAGCGUGUUUGCUUGUGCUGGUGAAAUGUAAUACAAUAUGAUAAGAGGUAAUAUUUACAGUGUUGUCCUACUAAUAGUCUCAUAACAAGAGAAUAGUUAGAAGGGUGUUGAAAGCAGUUUUCUUGUGCCAUUGAAGUCAUUCCUUUUUUGUAUCUUACAGAAGCAAAAUUCUGACAUGCCCUCAAAACAGCCCACCCAUCCCCUAGUGUUUUGCGCUUUUGACAGCUUAGCUGCUUCAUGUUCUGUCAGGAUGGCUGACAGGUGUCAUAUGGUGCCCUGAAAUGUCCCUCUCUGGAGGGUCCCAGAGGUUCCUAUCUGCAUGCCAGGGGAGGCAACCUCCCCCACAGCCCCUCUCAAACAGCUUUACACACAUACAGCAUUCCUUAGCUAAGGGAUUUUCAUGUCUCGAUGACCUUAAUGCCCUUUAAACUUUCACCCCCAGUAUCUUCAGACUCAGCCGAAUGCUCCCGCCACCACUGUAUCUAUCGGCUAACAGCAGACAUGCAUGGUUUUUAGCGUAGCAUCUUGGGGGGCACUCAAAUGUGCACACGCAGCAUCUGCUUAUCGCAUAUGCAGUGAGGGUGCACAUACUCCAUUAGUUUUGUGUUGUUUGUUGAAAUAGUUUUGCAGCUGUGUCACUGUAUUUUACGUGCCUAUCAUGCACCAUAAUGCCAUUAUUGUUUACGGUUGAUCUGUAAUCCGAAAAAAAAGAAGUUUGUUUGCACUCAGCAUUUUAAAAUCUGUAAUUUAUUUAUGUAUUUAUUUGUGUAUGUAAAUGGUUGUUUUCUAUGCCAUUUCCAGUUUUACAUGUAUAAAUGUUACAUGGGCUGAAAUAGUUGGUGUUGCAUUUGUGAGUGAGUAAAAUUGCUGUUGGCACGUGCACUAGGGAUGUAAAUAAUUAACUGUUGACCGACAAAUAAACAAUUGCUUGUGCAUUGCUAUUGGUUAAAAAAAAAAAAGUAUAAAAUUCAAAUUAAAAUUUUGUUUUAUUUCCAAUAAACAACUGUUCCUGUUUGAA